AUGCUGCCCCCCCAGGCCCCGCGGGCGGAGGGCGAGCGCAGCGCCGGGCGGGGGCCGCUAAUGCUGCCCCCCUGGGGCCCGCCGCCCCCCGCGGCCGGGGUCAAGUCCAACUCCGGGCCCACCCCUCCCCGCUGCACCGGCUUCGGCAUCCAGGAGAUCCUGGGCUUGAACAAGGAGCCGCCGUCGCACCCUCGGGCCGCCCUGGACUCUCUGCCCGCCGGGCACCUGCUGGCGGCCCGCUCCGUACUCAGUCCCGCCGGGGUGGGCGGCGUGGGCAUGGGGCUGCUGGGGGCCAGCGGCAUCCCCGGCUUUUACACCCAGCCCACCUUCCUAGAGGUGCUCUCCGACCCCCAGAGCGUCCACCUGCAGCCGCUGGCCCGGGCCCCCGGGCAGCUGGACAGCAGCCAGACGGCCAGCUCAGAUUCCGAGGAUGUCUCCUCCAGCGACCGAAAAAUGUCCAAAUCCUCUCUAAAUCAGAGCAAGAAACGAAAGAAGAGGCGGCACAGGACAAUCUUCACAUCCUAUCAACUGGAGGAGCUGGAAAAGGCUUUCAAUGAGGCUCACUAUCCUGACGUAUAUGCUAGAGAGAUGUUGGCCAUGAAAACAGAGUUACCAGAAGACAGGAUACAGGUUUGGUUCCAGAACCGCCGGGCCAAGUGGCGGAAGCGGGAGAAGUGCUGGGGCAGGAGCAGCGUGAUGGCUGAGUACGGCCUCUACGGUGCCAUGGUGCGUCACUCCAUCCCGCUGCCCGAAUCCAUCCUCAAGUCUGCCAAGGAUGGCAUCAUGGAGUCCUGUGCCCCUUGGCUCCUGGGGAUGCACAAAAAGUCUCUGGAGGCAGCGGCUGAGGCGGGGAGGAAGACAGAGGUGGAGCGCCAGGCCCUGCCCAAGCUUGACAAAGGUGACAAAGAAGAAAGGGGUCCUGAUCCCAAAACCACCAUUUCCCAGGAGGAACUGAGAGAAAACAGCAUUGCUGCCCUCAGGGCCAAAGCUCAGGAGCACAGCACCAAAGUCCUGGGGACCAUUGCCGGGGACACCCCAGCCCCGGGCAGGAAGCCGGAGACAGGGGAGGAGGCGGCAGUGGCGGAGGACGAGAGACAGACGGAGAAGUUGAACUCAUCGCAGAAGGAGGAGAAGUUGAUCUAGGGGGAAGAGAGGUGGCAGAAGCCAGCCCCGACAGACACUGUGUCCUCUGGGGGCCACGUUCCCCCGUGGCCUGCCAGGUGUCCCCGGCCCCCCUGCCAGGGAGAGGGGCCCCGGUCUCUGUGUUUGGGGCUGCCUGGUAGGGGUGCCCACUGCCUGCUCCC